AUGAAUGUGUUACUGUACAGGGAGGGCAGUGCAUACUCCAAGCGUCGCACGUCGAUACUGAAGAUGCCACGGAAAUCCAGCUGGUCCUCUGAAGUGCAGCAGCCGGAACAUGUGGUGGAGUGUGUAAAGCCUUCAGAUAAGAGGAUGUCCAAAAGAGUCAGUUUUGCUGCAGCCAACGAUGUGCUGCUGUUCUCCAAAGAUGUCAAAAACACCUCUGCUUCACCCACUCCUCUGCAGGAGCUGACUCCAGACAAUGCUACACAACAAUGGAUUCAGAUGAAAACGGGAGAAGACGAGCAGUUCUCUGCGUGUUUGCCUCUGCAGCCCAACGUCCUCAGCGACAGCAACUAUGGCAAGAGCACAAACUGUAUAAACCAAGAGGAGUGUCUGCUGUCGUCAGCCGAACAGGGGGAGAACAUGGACAUGACCCUUAGCCAAACCUUCAACAUGUUCUGUGACAAAGACGAGUCCACAGCCUUCCCUUUUACCAACACACACUCUGCAGUGUACUAUGACAUCACUGAUAAAGAAAAUUAUUUUCCAAAGAUGAAGUCAGUGAUAAAAGCAACCGACCCGCUCCACUGUUUAUUCCCUCAAGACAUCUUUACUUGCCCAGAUAAACCCAAUAACAAAACCACAGAAAUGGUAUUCACUCGUGAACCCAGUGACAAUAACCAAAGGUUAACGAUGAAACCUGAGCCCCUGUCUGGAGACCGCAGCUCCUCAGGUCUGCCCCUACAGCCCGAGCCCCUGUGUGAAGACCAGACUGUGUGCUUCACCGCUCAUGACGCAGGGAUGGACAUGACCCAGUGUCAGACUACGCUUAUUUCCAGAGACAUGCUUCCCAGUACAAAUAUGCAGCCGAAACAGGAGGCCGUAGCAACUCUGCCCGCCCUCGGUGUGAAUUUAGCAUUUGAAAACUUUUUUGCUUCACUUUCUGGACAAAAAAAUGAAGUUAAGAAAACUUUGAGGAGCAAUGUUAAACUUGCUGCCGAGACGCAAAGCAGCAGUAGACUUUCAAAACGUCCUCUUAUGGGUGCUCAAAGCUGCCAUGUGCCUCGAAUACAAAGACCUUCGGUGGAUGUGGACGCUGAACAGCCUCCCAGAGAGAGAAACGAAGAUCUCCCUAGAGAGAAAACCAUACGGUUUGCAGCAGAGGACCUGCUACACCCUGUGGACAGCUCUGUAAACCUACAACAGGAGCUACCCUUCUCAGAGAAAACCACACGGUUCGAUGACGCGCUCAUGGAUGUCACGCAGUGCCUCACGGUCAAGAUUGCAAAAGACUGUGCAAUUUUGUCUGACGACUCUAGUAUUUUACCAAAAUGUGGGGAGAACACCUCACAAUUUAUUUGUGAUGAAGCCACUGCAGACAAUCCCAUACACCACAGCACCACAAUCAAUGCAGAGGAGGGUGUUAUGGACAAGACCAGAUGCAUCACUUCAAACAUUGGAGUUGAAAUGAAAGCCUCGCUGUCGGAUCUUAGCCAUGUUUGUACCUGCGUCACUGCAGAUGUUUCUGCUGCUCUGAAGAGAAGGGAACCUAUGGUUUUCAGUAAUCAGAGGAGCAGAUCUUUGAACAGACAUGAUGCCAACGCAGUGCUCAACGUGAGGAGAAGCAUGCCAUGGGGAAACCCUCUCCCUCAAGAAACUGCAGAAACUGAUGACUACUCUGAAGUUAUACACUUGAAUGACGGGAGAGGAGUUCUAUCCAUAAUUGAGGAGUCUAUCGCUGAAGCCAAACCAAAGUGUGAAAAUGUGGAUAAUAGCACGACCGAAGCCUCAGUUCAAAUAAACACAGAAUCAGGUGUAGGAAAUGAGCAGACCGUUGUAGAGCCUUUAGCCCAGAGCGAAGUCGAGAUCCAUCAGUGUUCACCACAAACUCAUGAUGAAGACCAAGUCGUUGUAGAUGAAACUGAGCAAUCUCCUGCUUCUAUGAGAAAAGAUCCAGAGCUUGAAUUGGGAGAUGGGGAAGCACAGCAAACAUUUGAGCGAGAUGCUGAUUUUCAGAAGAGCAAAUGUAAGAGCUCCACUACUCCCUUUAAACUGGAGACAAAACGGCUCAUGUCCAGGCUGUCGGUGGUAGGAUUCAUGCCCAAACUCGGCAAGAGAAGUCAAAGUGAAGAGGCUAAAACCCCAAAUGAACCAGCAACGGCUCAAAUACACACAGCCAGAUUCGACCUCAAUGUGAGCGACAUCAAAAACGAAGAACUGGGGAGUUAUGAGGACGUGUCGGAAACUCUGGACUCUCGCAGUCCAGACAAAGAACCAGAAGAUAUGGCUGUGUUUGGAGGCUUUGAGCUGGACCAGGAACUACAGGACAAGAUUUUUGAAGAGGAAGCUCUCGUCAAUGAAAAGAAACGACCAUUAGAAGAUGAAGAGCGUACGGCAGAGGAUGAGAAGAGGAUCAGGACCAGUAAUGACACUGUAAUAUUGGAUUCACAGGCUUGUACUUUGGUCGGUGAUAACAUUACCUCUGCAGCAAAUACACAAACCACAAUCUCUUCCAUCUGCAACCACACUGUCAGCCUCCGGUGUGAAGGCACUUUGGAGUCUAGUUCCAUGCAGAGCAUUUAUGAAUAUUCACUCGAAGAUUACGCCAAUGACAUUGAACGGAAAUUUGAGGAUGGCAAUAUCACCAUGCUGGAGUUCUUUAAAUUCUUUCACAUGGACUUUGUGAUUCACAAUUCUCGACAGAGCGUGGCUCCUGGGAGAGUCUCCUCUGACGUGGAGAGUAGCCAGAUGGACGUGUCCAGGGACAGGCACAUCCAUGCCCCCCGACAGCAGGUGUACAAGGCCGAUGUGCGCUGCCUGACAGAGCAGGUGGAGGGACUCAAAUUUCGAAUGCGUGACUUGAAUAAACCCUUGUACCUGGUGAAUAAGGCUUUAUGGGAAGAGAUGAAAAAUUUCACUGAAGGAGAGUUUAAAUCAUUCAGCGCCAAACUCAAAGAAAUCUACAGCACAUGUCGAAAGACGAGCAGAGCGAAGGCCCACGAGAUGAAGGAGGGUCUAUAUACAGAUCUGCUGAGGGCUAACGCUGAGGUGCAAGAGAAGCUGAGAGGAUCUAUCCAGAGAGCAGACACCAUGCUGAAUAACCUGGACGACUGCAUGGCCAAGCUAGAAGCAGAACUAGCUGCACUUGAAGGUGACGUAAAGAGGGGCCAGGAAGAGCUGAGUACAGUUACAGAUGCCAUAAGUGACCACGAGCGCUCGGCCUCAGAGCUGCAGGUCCAAAAUAUGUACAGUGCUGACAAACUGAGAAGAGUGAAAGAAGAGGCUAAAGACGUGGACCGACGGCUCACCAUGCUGCACAGGAUGAAUGAGUGGAGGCUGAAGGAGAUGACCAGGACCACCUCCAUCUACACGUUCCUCUAUGAAACACUGCAUCUGAAGUUGACGUACGAGGACACGGAAGGAAAUGAUGAGAGGAAAAUAGUGGACGUGUCAUUGAAACAUUUGCUUGAUGAGAGGUCACAGGGUCACGCCCGCCUCGUCCACGCUCUGCUCUCUCAGGUCACACAAGCCCAGAGCUGGACCAAGAGAUACUCCAGCAGUAAAGAUGUUUUUGAUUUGCUCCGUGAGCUCAGCCUGAUGGUCAGUCGCUGUCGUCUGUUGGGGGAGGAGGUGCGUCUGCUGGACACUUGGGGAAGUAUGAGCCUGGACAUCCUGGACAUCCACUGUGUGCAAACAGACGUCUACAUCACCUUCAGCAGUCUCCAACGGCUCCAGAAGUUUGAGGUGGUUUUCUCCGUCUGCCUCACAAACCAACUCUACACACUUCAGCUGAAGAGUUUUCGCAACGUGAUGGGAGACACGACGAUCCAGAAUAUUCAGGAGGUGCUUUCUUCUAUCACACCUGGACACAAGUAUCUAACAAAGACUAUCAAAAGCAUCCAUGAGCGUUUUCUGAGUUAG